UCCGGACAAUGAAGCGCUGGUGCACCACGGUGGUGGCUGCGCGCCAGCAGCUCAUGGCGCGCGGGCUUCCGCGCCUCGAUGCAAGUGCUCUCGUGCGCUACGCGUUCGAUCCACCGAUGACUAUCGAAGGCAUGGUGUCGGCGCCGACGACGCCGCUAAGCGAAGCGCAAUGGUCGUCUGUCGAUGCAUUGGCUGCGCGUCGUCUGAAGGGCGAGCCGCUGGCCUACGUUCUCGGCACGAAGGAGUUUUGGUCCUUGCCGUUCAGGGUUACGCCGGCGACGCUCAUUCCGAGACCCGAAACGGAGCGGCUACUGGAUAUCAUGCUCCAACACCGGCAAGACAAAGGCGAAGCGUUGCGCGUACUGGACCUUGGCACCGGCAGCGGUUGUCUCUUGGUCGCAGCGUUGACCGAGUACCCGCGCGCGACGGGCCUGGGUGUCGACGUCUCGGCAGCGGCGCUGGACGUCGCGUCAUCCAAUGCUGUUGCGCUUGGCGUUGCCGCCCGAGCGCGUUUUAUGGAACACGACAUGACCACCUUGGAGUUGUACGAAGACUUCGACGUUGUGUUGUGCAACCCACCAUACAUUGCUCUCAGUGAAGUCGAUGUCAUGGAUGACCACGUGGCGGCGUACGAACCCCACUCGGCACUCUUUGCGGACAACAACGGUUUGGCCGUGUACGAGGCUCUGAUUCCGAGGCUUCCUCCCCUUGUCGCACCCGGUGGCGACGUGCUCCUUGAAGUCGGGUUUACCCAAGCCGGCACGGUAGCGUCGCUCUUUGAAGGCACGCCAGCCUGGUCCGCGCCACGCAUCGUGUUCGACCUUUGCGGCGUUGCGCGCUGCGUGGCUGUGCAGCGGCGGUGGGAUUAAGGUCCACUACAGGUCUUUCAUAAAAUGUAAAUACAUUCAAGUUCGACAACUAAGA